GAGGACAGUAUAUCUAGUCUCAAAACACUCAGUAGAGUUGAUAUACCUUAGCUGGGUAACGGUGUUGUUCUUAGUGAACCGUGCAUGAGAGCGCAGAGUCUGGGAAACACCCUCGGUGACGGAGUCGAGCUCUGUGUGGAGGGAGGAGAGAGCGAGAAAGAGGGACACAGAUGGAGAUGGAGGUGGAUGUGAUAAGAAUGCUUAUAAGCUGAGACAAUAUGUGAAAACAUCUGAAUAUUUUUUUUUCUUGCUUAACGACAGUUUAAAAUCUUUUCGUUGUUCCGUUACAUUACUAAAGAUCCGAAAGAGGGCAAAUAUCGGUAAGUGAAAGAUGACCGUGUGUCUUUAUUGAAGCUGUAGGAUGCUAAGGCGACAGACGUAUGGCUGAAUUUAAGCAAGCUAGCCCGCCGUAUGUUGAAAAGAAAGGCUAAUAUUGGUGGUGUGAAUGAAAGAAGAGGGCUUCUCUCUUGGGUGGACAUGUUUUGAGAGGUGUGGUGGAGGGAUGAAGGCGGUGUUGAUACCGAGACGGCGGCGGCUCUUCUACCGGCUCUUCAUAUGUGCUGUCGGGCUCCUCGCCAUCACCUGCUUCGCUCAAAUUCUUCAUGUAACAGCCCCUUCCAAAGAGGAUUCAGACCUGACCUGGGCCCGGCGUAAACUAACCCAGCAAAUCAUCGAGGAGAACCAGACAUCAAGCACACCCAGAGCUGCUAUCCAUGAAUUUCCCGAGGACAUUUUCACUAAGGGACAGAGGAGGCAUGGAGCAAUUCUACUGCAUGUGUUUUGUGCAGUUUACAUGUUCUAUGCCCUUGCUAUUGUCUGCGAUGUCUACUUUGUCCCUUCUUUGGAAAAAAUCUGUGAGAAUCUGCACCUCAGUGAGGAUGUUGCAGGUGCCACCUUCAUGGCAGCAGGCAGCUCCGCACCUGAGCUUUUCACAUCUUUGAUUGGUGUGUUCAUCACAAAGGGAGACCUGGGGGUGGGAACUAUUGUGGGAUCAGCUGUCUUCAACAUCCUGGUCAUCAUCGGAGUUUGUGGAAUAUUUUCUGGACAGACCAUCACUCUGACCUGGUGGCCGCUCUUCCGUGACUCUAUCUUCUACAUCCUCUCUGUGUUGGCCUUGAUUCUGAUCAUAUAUGAUGAAAAAGUAAUCUGGUGGGAGACUAUAAUACUUAUAUCCAUGUAUGGAGUUUAUAUCCUUAUCAUGAAGUUUAACAGUCAGAUUUGGGGCUGGGUGGAGCAGAGGUUUGGUAUCCCAGGUCAGCCGUGUUUGGUUAGCAGUCUGCGCAGAGAUGUGUCGGUAGGAGAGGCAAGCCCCCACUGUGACACCUCCAUGAUCCUCUUGAAGAAAGGUCAGAAUGCGGGUGGCCAGGACUCCCCGGUGGUGAUGGUGGAUGAGUUGAUGAGUCUACACCCUCACCAGUUCUCUUUUUCAGAGGCAAGCCUCCGUGUCAUGAUCACGCCCCACUUCUCCCCCCGCACUCGCCUCAGCAUGGCCGGACGCAUGCUCAUCACUGAGAGGCAGAGACUAAUUAGAAACAGGAGCCCUGGAGACAGCAGUGGCAGUGGAGCAGGCGACACUGCUGGCCAAGAUGGUCCAGGCAUGGAGGGGGUUCCUUGGGGUCUGGAGAAUGGAGGGGCCCUUGAGAGUGAAACGCCAAGGGGCCAAGGAGAAGAGUUAGAACGAGUAGUAGAUAUAGAGGACUCACAGCCUAAAGAAGAGGAAGAAGAGGAAGAAGAAGAGGCAGAUGAAGAACAACCCUUCAGACCUCUUACUGUGCCAGAGGGGCGCUGGGAGCAAGUGAAGUGGGCGUUUUCAUGGCCCUUAGGCUGCCUGCUGUACUACACUGUCCCCAACUGUGUUUUGCCACGCUGGGAGCGCUGGUUCAUGGUUACCUUUGUGGCCUCAACACUCUGGAUUGCCGUGUUCUCCUACCUCAUGGUGUGGAUGGUCACCAUUAUCAGUUUUACACUGGACAUUCCAGAUGUUAUCAUGGGUAUUACGUUUCUAGCAGCAGGCACCAGUGUCCCAGACUGCAUGGCUAGUCUCAUAGUUGCCCGUCAAGGUAUGGGAGAUAUGGCGGUGUCCAACUCUAUCGGCAGCAACAUCUUUGACAUUCUGCUGGGUCUUGGUUUCCCAUGGGCUUUGCGCACUCUAGUGGUUGAUUAUGGGUCAAUGGUCUUCAUUAACAGUAAGGGGCUGGUGUACUCAGUGAUUCUCCUUCUUGCUUCUGUUUUUCUUACUGUACUAAGCGUGCACCUGAACCACUGGAGGCUGGACCGGCGGUUAGGCCUUGGGCUUAUGUUCCUGUAUGCCAUCUUCCUGCUCUGCUCCAUCUGCUUUGAGAAACUCUAGAUCAUGUUUUGCUUAGCUGUAGGGUAGAUCUAGUCAUAGAUAACCAUAUUUUAGCCCCAGUCACUGCCUUAUUAGUAGCGGUUAUUUCAGCCAUGGUUUGGAACUUGAACCGUGACUCUGCUCUGGUAGGUUAAGAACAGGCCAGUUCUACACACUGCUUUAAGCCAAUCACCCACUAGACAGUGCGGCCGAACUCAAGGAGACUGUACUGCAUACUGUACCUCUGAAACAUUUCUACUUAACAUACAGAGCUUCUUUAAGAGAACAAAAAUCAAUUACAAGAUGUGAAGAAUUUAUAUAAAGCGGUGUUAAAUGUUUACAGCACACAGAACACUUCCUCUAGCCUCACCUUUUGCAUAUUUCUAUUCUGAAAUCUUUCAUCACAAUCAAGCAUGGUACGAAGAACAAAUCUGACAUCGCAAAAGUGUUAUUACUAAAAAGAGUUCUAUUAACUCUUGUAACAGAGAUACACUCAAUUUAUUGCAUUACUUUGCCUUAUUUAUUUUUGACGUUAGCUCUGUAAAAAUGUGGUUUAGGAUUUGAAGAUUUUCCUGUUUAGGUAUAUUUAAGAGCAGUCUGUCUUUUUUGUGUUGUUCCUUAAAAAAAGAGAAUAUUCUGGUAUUUUGGAAGACACCUGUUUUAGUAUUACUGAUUAACCAAAAACAUCCCCUGUCUUUGGUAAGUGUUUACAUACCAAACAUGCUUAGAUUUCUAUAAAGGGUCACUUAGAGGUGUCCUGCACAUUUUGAUAUGUUGUAAUGAAAUAGUUACUUUUGUGCCCCACUGCAACACUAUGAACUAUGAACAUGAGAAAGUAACAAUCAAUUUAAUCUUCAGCAAUGUGUAUCCAUUAUUCACAAACAACUGCUUUAUACACAGGCCUUUAUAAAUUAAUUCAUAUAUUUUCACACUAUGUAUGACACCUCAUUUAACAACAGACCUUAAUUGGUUUUUGCACCAAAUGAAAAUGUUUGGAAUUUAAUAUAUUUAUAACUUAUAAUAAUAGUAUAAUAUAAUGUUAUAAACAAUGUAAUCUCUUUUUUUAUGAUCCUACAUUGCAUACUGUCUAUGGGACAGAUAAUGAAUUAUAAUAUAUAUUAAUAACCAAAGGCUCCCUCUGUUUAAGCUGAAAAUGAUUUGGUUAAUUCUGGUACAGCAGUGUUUUAAUUGUUAACUUUAAAGUUAUUUUCAAUAUUUGACGUUUUAUCCUGAUUAAACGUGCUUAUGUUUCAGUUCUGUUGUAUAUUUAAUUUUUAAAGACAUGGAUUGCUUAAAAAGUCCCGCACCAAUCGUCAAAAUUUUCUUGCUUGUGGUUUGCAGUUCUCUUAGUACUGAGCAAAAUUGUAAAUUAUUUAAUUUCUCUUCUGAAAUGUCCAGAAGAUUUUCAUCUUACCACUCACACUAAAAAAAUAUGUGUUAAUUAAAUUGCUGUGAAAAAUAAAUAGUAAAUGACAAGUUACAUACAGCCUGACCUAGUAAACAUCUUAUUAUUAUGCCACAGUUUAAGGUUCAGUUGAACAUCUUCCCUGUUUAUUUUCAUUUUAAAAGUCACAUAAUGAGGAUAUGGCUCAUUAUUACUAUCUCACCAUUUGUUACAGUCCUGUCUAUAUUCUUAAAGAUAUUUGUAUGUUGUUGAGUGCAAUAAAACAAGGUCUGUGCAAUACCCAAGAUCAUCACAUAAUGACUCAUUGCAUUCUUCCCCUUAUACUUAUGGAAGUGUUACAAAUAAAGUUACAUUUUGUGAAAACA